AUGGCUGUCGCAACCUUCCAAAACGGGCUGAACAGAGAUGGUUCAAGGGCGACCAAAAAGCUACUGAGCCGACUCAUGAAAUAUCCCCCCACCACAUGGGAAGAGAUCCACAACGCCUACUGUGCCAAAGUACGAGCGGAUGAGGACGACCUCAAUGGACCGACCCAACGGCUAACGACGAUACAAUCAGAAACAAGAAGGGAUCGACGCAACGACGGGCAACGGGAACAGCUCCCGCGCUUCAACAAAGAAAGGCAUCAGCCCUACGUUAGAUCCUCUCAUCCACCACCGCCGAGGCACACAGAGGCAUUGCAACGACAUGUCGUUCCACUCCGGAACGAAAAAGGUAUGCCCCCUUUAUUAUCUGCCCAUAACUUUUGUGUGUCUCCCUCAGAAAUAGUGUGCGCACUGGAGAAACUGGGCACCAAGGUGCAAUGGCCGCAGAAAAUGAAAUCAGAUCCUACAACAAGGAGAUCGAACGUCCUGUGCGAGUUCCAUCAGGAAAGAGGACACAAAACCGAAGACUGCAUAGGUCUACGACAAGAAGUAGUCAGGAUGCGGAACCUAGGACACCUGAGGGAGCUGCUUAGCAAUAAGGGAAAGACCAACUUCACACGAGAACAGGAACAACCCCAAGGGCCGCCGAGACCACCUUCGCCAACACGCACCAUAAACAUGAUCGUCAGAGGCAGCGAUGAUUCAACAAUCAACCACGUAAAGUUCACCACCACGCACAAACUGAAACGAACAAUCGCCCAUGAACGGUAUGACGAAUUCGAAGAGAGUAUCAUCUUCGAUAAGUCCGAUGCCGACGGUUUGUCUUUUCCUCAUUAUGAUGCCUUGGUCAUAACUUUACGUAUUGUCGAUACUGAUGUUAAGAGAAUCGACGACGGAAGCGGCGCCUUGGAACGAACCUCCGGGGAGAUAUCAUUGCCGGUUUUGGCAGGGGGAGUCACGCUGGAAACCACUUUCCACGUCAUGAACCAGGAGACAGCCUACCACGCCAUCAUAGGACGCCCUUGGAUACACGCCAUGCGAGAAGUCCCUUCAAGCUUCAACCAAGUAAUCAAGUUCCCCACCCCAUGGGGAAUGUUUAGCAUUCGGGGCGAGCCGCGCACCGCACGAGAAUGCUACCGAAUCGCUCAAGACUGCGCCCACACCAAACAGUUGGAGGGAGCAAGUGCGGAGGCAUAG